UAAGCAACAACAGCAAAAAGAACAGCAUGAAACCAAGGCCUAAUUUAGGCUUUUAAAUUCGACCGCUAGUAAGGUCAUUUCACGUGUUUGGACUCUUUUUCGAAAUUACGCCAUCCUCUCUGUCAAACAUAUGACUGCACGAGGCACGAAUAAACGAAACGGAAUUUGGUAUUUAAAGAGCAGAGGAUAAAUGAGAGAGGAAACAUCAUUUGAAUUUUCAUAUUUCCCUUCCAUCGGAGGGAACUGCAAGAUCAGUGCAAGCUACUAAGCACAUAAAUAGUUUUCUUUUCAAAUUGUGCUCAGUUCCUAUCCAUUUUUACCCUCUACAACAAAGACUGAAGAAUGGGGUCAACAACAGCUUCAGAUUCAUUGAAGCCGAGAGAUGUGUGUAUUGUUGGUGCUGCACGAACCCCUAUUGGGGGCCUGAGUGGUUCUCUUUCAUCCCUAACUGCUACCAAAUUGGGAUCAAUAGCCAUUGAGGCUGCUCUUAAGAGAUCAGGCAUUGAACCGGGAAUGGUCCAAGAAGUAUUUUUUGGAAAUGUUUUGAGUGCCAACCUUGGUCAGGCCCCUGCUAGACAGGCAGCACUAGGUGCAGGAAUACCUACUUCUGUUAUAUGCACUACAAUCAACAAAGUUUGUUCAUCAGGAAUGAAAGCAACAAUGCUUGCUGCUCAGAGUAUCCAGUUAGGCAUCAAUGAUAUUAUUGUGGCUGGAGGCAUGGAAAGCAUGUCAAAUGCCCCUUAUUACCUCCCUGAUGCCAGAAAGGGAUAUCGACUAGGAAAUGGAAAUCUUGUUGAUGGAAUGUUAAAGGAUGGACUUUGGGAUGUUUACAACGAUUUCGGCAUGGGCUUAUGUGGGGAGUUAUGUGCAGAUAAAUACCUUAUAUCAAGAGAAGAUCAGGAUAACUAUGCGAUCCAGAGCUUUGAACGUGGAAUUUCAGCUCAAAAUGGUGGUGCUUUUGCAUGGGAAAUAGUGCCGGUUGAGGUGUCAGGAGGGAGGGGAAAACCAUGUACAAUUGUUGACAAGGAUGAAGGUCUAGGGAAGUUUGAUGGAGCAAAGCUAAGGAAACUUAGACCAGCUUUUAAAGAAGAUGGAACUGUGACUGCUGGAAACGCAUCAUCUAUUAAUGAUGGAGCAGCUGCUCUGGUUAUAAUGAGUGGAGAGAAGGCACUGGAGCUGGGUUUACAAGUUAUUGCAAAAAUAGUAGGCUAUGCUGAUGCUGCACAGGCCCCUGAAUUAUUCACAACCUCACCAGCUCUGGCCAUCCCAAAAGCUCUUUCAAAGGCAGGCCUGGAAGCUUCACAGAUGGACUAUUAUGAGAUAAAUGAAGCAUUUGCUGCUGUACCUCUUGCCAUUCACAAGAUACUGCGCAUAAAUCUAGAAACUGUAAACGUACAUGGGGGAGCUGUAUCUCUGGGACAUCCACUUGGGUGCAGUGGUGCUCGCAUUAUGGUUACACUAUUAGGGGUAUUGAGGCAGAGAAAGGGGAAAUAUGGAGUCGCAGCAGUCUGCAAUGGUGGUGGUGGUGCAUCUGCAGUGGUUAUAGAGUUCAUUUAAGCUAGUGUCAGGAUUCGAAGUUAAAGGCCAUCUCUUGCGUUGCUCUUAAAAAUCAGCUCAGUAAGAAAAUAGCUGACUUAGCUGGGAUCAUUCCAUUCUUAUCUGGUCAUACUCUGUUGCUAUCAAAGACGUUUUCUUUUUUUUAAUAAAAUCCUCGUUUCCCUUUUGUAAGUAGUUCGUAUGUAGUAUCGAUACAGAGAUGCAUAUGUUUUGUAAGUCAUCUCACUCCAGUAGAAUAAAAUAUUUGUCUUACAUUUGUGGUAUAAUAAGAAUUAUUUCUAGCAAAACUUUAUAAUUGUAAUGACUUUUCAAUUAAAAAAUAUCAUACAGUAGUAUUUGUUCUA